ACCACACUCUGCCUUCUUAGUCAAAAAGCAAAAAAAUGGCUGCCAAUUGGAUCGCCGUUAAAUGCAAUGGAGAAGAAAUAAUAUUUCAAUUAAAGCAAUAAAAAGGUGGGUUUGAUGCAGAAUCGUUUCUUUUUCUUCCCCUUGACGGCGAAGAAGCAGCAGUUCCUUGUCAACCCUUGUUGCUUUCUUUAUUGAUCAUCCAUCAGUUUUAGUAUGAUUCAGGAAAAGGGGUUUUGAUAUUAUUUGUAUGGGUGAUCAACUGCGUAUGAAAAAUUGCAUUUUUUUUCCCCCAAUUUUGUGGGAUCUGGGAUGUGGGCUUUCAGGCUUUGUUCUUCAUGGGGGUUUUCUUUUUUGAUAUGUGUUAUUCAUGGGAGUGAGUAUGAGGGUAUCUUUAGAUUCAAGUAUUUCGGGCUUCUGUAUCCUCGUCUGAUGGUCUUCGCGUUUGGGAAGGGAUUGGACCCUUCUCUAUUUAUAAAUACCUCGUGCAUACAGAUGCACUUUAAGAACAGUAAGUUCCUGGAUGACCAUGACAAGCACCUGCUGUUGAUUAGGUAAUCUAUGUCCUGGGCAUUAUACUUGAACAUUAUUCCUAGUAUUGUAUGUGAGUGCUCAGAGUAGCUCUUAAGUUAAUUCCUUUGAUUAAAUAACUGCAUUUAGGGGCCCUUAUCCUAUCAAAACCUUCAUAGCAUGUAUCAAGUAUGAAUUAACAUGUGCUUGUGAU